GUCGACCACACCAACAACAACCAUGCGCUGGAAGGUCCGCCCAACACGCAGUGAGUGGGGAUGCGUAGUGGUGUUGGAGAGGUGCUGACCGUGAUUUUUGCUGCAAAUUCGCCGUCCCCGCCUUUCUGCUCAUCUCACUGCAUGACACAUCAUCCGACUCGGUAUCUCUGCCGCUCGACGUCGCUGCGUCGCACUUCCUUCAUCACUGCUCUCGGACAUCUCUCCUUGCCCUCUUCCUCUCCCUUUCCUAACGCCACCUCUGACUUAGACACCGCGCCACCCCCGUGCGCCGCCGAGCUCGCCGCGAUGCUCGCGUGCUUCGCGGCCACGUCGGACCUGCGCGCGCAGGGCGAAGGGACGAACGGGUGCGCGUCCGCCGCGCGCCAGCUGCACGCGUGCAUGAAGAAGGGCGGGGGCUCAGGGAAGAAGCAGAGCUCGUCGAUCAACUACCUCCUCUCCCGCGUCAAGUAACCCGUCACGAUACGCUUGUAUCCCUGUAUACCAUGCACAGCAUUCACGCCUC